AUGUCUGCCAUUGGUUUACCUCCUCACAUUUUAAUUUUAUUUCAAUCGAGGCCAUUAUUAGAGUUUCAUAAACCAAUUAAAAAGAAAAAGCCAAAAGAAUAUAGCGGGAUAAGUGAUUUUUUAAAUUAUUUCGAAGAUGGAAAACCACCACCUAAAAUAAAAUUAGAAAGCCCUAAAGAAAGAAAAGAAAGAAAAAAAAAAGAAAAAAUAGCUUAUAAUGAAUUAAUUUUAAAAGAGAAAAAAAAAGAAUAUGAUCCAUUUAAAAAUGCUGAUAUAUCUAGUGAUCCUAAAAAAACAUUAUUUAUUGGUAGAUUAGCAUAUGAAGUAAAUGAAAAAAAAUUAAAAAAAGAAUUUGAAACAUAUGGAAAAAUAAAAUAUGUUAAGGUUAUUUGUGAUCAAGAUAAAAAACCACGAGGUUAUGCUUUCAUAGAAUUUGAACAUACAAAAAGUGUAACAGAUGCUUAUAAUUUAGCAGAUGGAAAAAAAAUUGAAAAUAGAAGGAUAUUAGUAGAUAUGGAAAGAGCAAGAACAGUUAAAAACUGGUUACCUAGAAGAUUGGGAGGUGGUAAAGGUCCUUCUAGGGGCUCAGAUGAAAGAAAAAAAAUGACACAUAAUGUAAAUUGGAAUGCUUUAAUUAAUAAAGACAAGUAUAGAGAUGACAAAAGAAAGCAUGAUGAUCCAUAUAAAAAUGUCCCAUUAUAUAAUGAGAGAAAUAAUGAUGGCCCAUAUGGAAAUAGUAGCUCAAGAGAUCAUAGGUCGCAUAGGGGUAGUGAAAGAAGUUCGAAAAGGGAUAGACAUCAUAGAAGUCGUAGAAGCGAUUCGCGUGAUAGGCAUCAUCAUAAGCAUCGAAAGAGAGAACACAGUAGGAAUCGAAGUAGAGACAGAGAUAGAGAUAGAGAUAGGGACAGAGAUAGACACAGAGAUAGAGACAGGGAUAGAGACAGAGAUAGAGAUAGACAUAGACAUAGGGAUAAAAAUAGAGAUAGGCAUAAUGAUGCUCAUUAUGAUAAGGAAGAAACGUUUAGAAAUAAUAUGAAUAGCCAAGAAAAUGGAAACUAUGACAAUGGUGACAUGGAUGAAAUGAAUAACAGUAACGAACAUAAUGAAGGGUAUGAAUAG